AUGGCCAACCUUCAGCAAAUCCAGUCUCGAGGCAUCUUCCACGGCCUCCCAGUGUACCCGCCAGAGAUCUCCGGUCUGACCGCCGUCAUCACCGGUGCAAAUGGCAUCAGUGGCCAUUACAUGUUGCGAGUAUUGACCAAAGAUCCCAAACGUUGGAAGAGAAUCAUCUGCCUCAGCCGACGACCACCGCUCUCGCCGGCGCAUGUUGAACACAUUCCAUUGGACUUCUUGAAAGAUCCGGAAGACAUUGCGCAAGUGUUGAAAGAGCACAAAGUACAAGCCGACCAUGUCUUCUUCUUCUCCUACAUCCAGCCAACACCGAAGCCGGGAGCUGGACUUUGGAGCAAUGCCGAAGAACUGGUGAAAGUGAACACACAACUCUUGCACAACUUCCUGGAAGCACUGAAGUUGGCGCCCAUCACUCCGAAGCGCUUCAUGCUCCAGGCCGGCGCAAAGAACUACGGUGGCCAUCUCGGACCAACAAAAGUGCCGCAAGAAGAAACCGACCCACGAGUCGAACUCGAGCCAAACUUCUACUACCCACAAGAAGACCUACUAUUCCAAUUCGCCGCCGACACUGGAUGUGGAUGGAGCAUCCACAUGCCUGGUCCCAUCGUCGGCGCCGUACCGGAUGCAGCCAUGAAUUGCGCUUUUCCACUCGCCGUCUACGCAUCCGUGUGCAAGAAGCUCGGAGUUCCUCUUGAGUUUUCCGGAGACAUUGCUUCCUGGCAGAUGCCGCAGUCCAUGUCCGCGGCGCAGAUGAAUGCUUAUCAGGAAGAGUGGGCGGUGCUGCUGGGACCGGCGAAUCAAAAGUACAAUACGUGUGACAACAGUUCGUUUGCGUGGGAGAAGGUGUGGCCGAGGAUUGCGGGUUGGUACGGUAUCGAGUGGAAGGGACCGCAGGAUGGUGAUGUGUACACUGAGAAUGAGUCGAGAUUCAAUCCUCGAGGGUAUGGACCCAAAGGAGUGACGAGGAGGAAGUUUAGGAUGGUAGAUUGGGCGAAGAGGGAGGAUGUCCAGCGGGCCUGGAAAGAGCUGGUGCAGGAGUAUGGCUUGACGCAGGAGUUGAAAGACGUUGAUCGGAUAUUUGGCUUCUUGGAUGGGACGUUGUGCAGACCUGCACCGCUGAUGUUCAGCAUGGACAAGGCGAGGAAGCAUGGCUGGCAUGGUUUUGUCGAUUCGUCCGAGGCCAUUCUGGAAGUCUUCCAAGACUUUGAGAGACUGAAGAUGAUUCCUCCGGUGCCUUUGGUCAAGGUCAGCUUCAAUUAG